CGGAGGCCCGCCUGCCUUCCCUCCUCCUCCUCCUCCUCUUCCUCCUCCUCUUUCGCCCGCCGCGGCCGCCUGCCAUUGGGAGCCGCGCCGAGGCAGCCGCUCUUGCUCCGCCGCCAUCAUGAGCUUCUUGUUUGGUAGCCGCUCUUCUAAAACUUUUAAACCAAAGAAGAACAUUCCAGAAGGCUCCCACCAAUAUGAGCUGCUGAAACAUGCGGAGGCAACUCUCGGAAGUGGCAACUUACGGAUGGCUGUUAUGCUGCCCGAAGGCGAAGAUCUCAAUGAAUGGGUUGCCGUGAACACUGUGGACUUUUUUAACCAGAUCAACAUGCUUUAUGGGACAAUUACAGACUUCUGCACAGAGGAGAGCUGUCCAGUGAUGUCUGCAGGGCCAAAAUAUGAAUAUCAUUGGGCAGAUGGGACAAACAUCAAGAAGCCAAUCAAGUGCUCGGCACCAAAGUACAUCGAUUACCUUAUGACCUGGGUUCAGGAUCAGCUGGACGAUGAGACGCUGUUUCCAUCCAAAAUAGGCGUUCCUUUCCCAAAGAAUUUCAUGUCUGUAGCUAAGACCAUCUUGAAGCGUCUCUUCAGAGUUUAUGCUCACAUAUAUCACCAGCACUUUGAUCCGGUUAUCCAGCUUCAAGAAGAAGCACAUCUCAACACGUCCUUCAAGCACUUUAUCUUUUUUGUUCAGGAAUUUAACCUUAUAGACAGAAGAGAACUUGCUCCGCUCCAAGAACUGAUUGAAAAACUCACUUCCAAGGACAGAUAAGCGAAAAUGAAAAUGGUGGAGAUCCCGUUUGUUUUCUUUAAGCAGGCAUGUGGGGUUUUAGGGAUUUGGGCUGAAAUUCUCUACGCACUUAAAGUUCCACGGGACUUAACUCCCGAGUAAGUGUGUGGAGGAGGUUUGCAACCUUACGUUCGUUUGUUUUAGAAAGGAAAGGAAGCUUCUGUUUUAAUUCAGGCAACCUAGAUCCAUUCUCUGUGCUUUUUAUUAGUGAAACCUCUUUCACUUAGUGAGAUAUACAGUACACACACACACAGUAAAUGGUUUUCUGUUCUUGUUCAUUGUUAUUGUUGAUUUUUAGCAGAUUGUUGUGUGUUAAUAAAGGAAAAUGACAUGCUUGUUGGGAAAUGUGACACUGCUAGUUGGAAAGUGCAGGAUUGCCAGUCGUAUAUCAUUCUCAGAAGGUCCUUAAAAGAGACUUAAUCUUCUCUAAGUGCCUUGGUAGAUUCUCUUCUGAGGUACAAAGCACAUACAAAGAACAUUGCUGGAAACAGAAAACACAAAUAGCUACCCAGGACAUUUAUUAAUACUUCUUAUAUGUAAUUUAAUAUGUGCAAACCUUUUCUAAAAGCCAUAACGUCUGUCAGUGAUCUCCAAUUUUUAAGAGAAAGCAAUGACUUUAGAAGUGAACAUAAGUUAGGGAAAAGAAGUCAGCAAGUAGCUCACUUUAUUUUUAUUAAUAACAUACUGAGCUACCCAUCUGAUACAUCUUUGAUAUCGUAAGGGCCAAGAAUAAUUUUGGGCACACCGCUUUUCACAAUUUACAUUCUGCCAAGAUUUUAACUCAUUUUGAUCUGAAAGUAGGAUUAUUUUUUUCUCAAUCUGUACUUUAUCAAACUGAACCUUAAACUUUCCUGUCCUUUAAAUCAAGAGUCCUGCAGUGGCUUCAAGUCGAAAUAAAAGGGAAAUAGUUUCUAUGGAAUAAUAAUAUUAAUAAGGAAAUAUUUAUAAAUCUACCAUAGCAAUUUUAAAAAUGGGGAUAAAACAGCCCUAGUCUUUCAACUUUUAAUAAGAGAAAUUGUCUCAGUCUACUUAACAUAGAGUAUACUUACCAUUUCAUUCAUGCCUUCUAAAUCCAUAGCCCCUUUAUAAAAUCUCAGCUGUACAAGAAUGCUGUAAAGGAAAGCAUUUAUCUCUGCAACAUGAUACAGUGAUAUUUUGGGAUUUUUUAGUGGGUGGGCAUUUAAAAUAACUUACUGUAAUUGGAGGCACACUAAUUUUGAUUAAAAAUUUGCAAAGUUGUUUUGCUUAUUUUCCUCUCUUUUAUCAUAAAAUAUUUAGAAUUUGGGAUAAUCCCUGCUGAGAAAUUCAAAAACAAGAAGCCUAUUUCUAAUUUUGUGACCUAGGAUCAUAAGUUAUUGUUCUAAAUGUCAGGGCAGCUGAAACUCACCAGUGGUUUGAGCAUUAAAUCCAAAAUGUUCCCAUUUGUAAAACAUUUUCGGGAACAUCAUACUUUUGUCUGCUUUGCCACAGUUUCAAUGGACUGAGUGAUACCAAUUACUCUAUAUAUCCUUAAAUCCUAAUCUUGAAGUUCACUUCCCAGAUUAUUAUUGGGAUUAGCUACACAUCACAUGAACAUGUGCUGUGGAUCCAUAUAAGAAUAUUUAAAGCCCAUUAAGAAUAUUUAAAGCUCAUUAAGAAUACCUUAAAGUCUAAUAAAGUCUAAUAUAUACAACAAUUUCACAUAGAAUGUUUUUAUUGCAUCUCUUCGGGAUACUUUUAAGAACUGAAAUAAAAAAAUGCAUACAGGAUGUUCUUUACCCGAGAAGUAGAUAAUUAAAAUUAGUCAUAUGAGAAAAAACAAAACAAAUUACUAUGCUUACACAAUCCAGCUAUACUCUUGAUCCUUAUAACCUGAUAGCCUUUAAUAACAAUAGUUCUUCCUAUGGAUUUACUAAAAAAAUGGAGUAUGCUAACCAAAAUCUUGGAAAUGUUUCAUAAUGAGAUUUGAUCCUGGUGUUCGUAACACAUUUUGUCAAUAUUUGAUUUUAGAAGUCAGAUUCCCAGUCCUGGUUUCUGAAUCUCAAAUUUGAAAGUUUAAAUUGCUAAUUGAAAAGAUUUUUUGUUCACAGUUGGAAUGUUGAAAAGAGUUUAGAGCUAUGAGCCAUUUUAAAUACCUCCCAUCUCCCAUCUAGCGAUUUUAAGAUAUCUGUUAAAAGACAAGAAAAAUGAUUAAGUAUCCUCUCAACAUUUUUGGAUCUUGAAAUAUGUAAGACUUCAGAAUAAUGUUUAGUUACCGUAGAAUAUAAAUUGGCCAUAAUAAUUAUCUCCCAUCAUUUUAGUCUUUAAAUUUAAGGGACUCCUUGGAAACAAUGACAAGAAAUGAGGACUCCAUUCAUUGCUAAUUUCCUUCUUGGAUGAUAAACACUUGGAGAUCAUUGACUAAGAGUGCUGUUGGGUUAACUCUUCUUAUUGCAUUGAAGAUUGAAGCAUUGACAAUAUUAAGACCACGAUUAUUCUGAACUUGAUCAGCACUAUAGAAGCUUUUAGUGGGAUUGCUCCGGCAGUCUUGAAAAUUCUUUAUUGUUUAAAAGUGUACAGACAGAGAAAGCUUCCUUGGUCUUUCAGUUGAAUACAGGCAUUGAAAAUUGAACACUGUGGUUAUUAUUUAAAAAAAAGUCACAGCCUGGAAUCUAGCCUUUUCAUUUAAAAGGACACCAUGGUAGAAAUCAUAUAUACCUUUUUGAUACCAAACAUUAGACAGGCACUUAUUUUUCCUCCCCUUAUGACCAGGCGUUAACAAACACUGUGUUCCUUCCAUGAAGAAGGAAUAGCCUUAAAAUGUCAGAACUGGCUUCAUUUUCUGUAUCACCUGACAGUGUUCUCUCUUGUCUUGGUUACCCACCCGCACAGGUAACCUACCUUAAUUAGAUGAGGCUGACCAAGCCGGAUGGAGAUAACUAUAGAUCCAAGUUCCUUAAAACCAGCUGUGUUGUGUUUUCUUGAGCCAGUGAGAGUGAUUUAAUCCAGAGGAUUGACAUUGGUGGGGAAAAAAGUUUUAUCAUCCUGGCCCUCAAAAUUACAAGCCUACUUCACACAUCUGUGUCAGGGAUUGUGCUAAUUGUGCAAGGAUAAAAGUAUCCUGCUUUUUGUCCACUAGUAGUAAGGUGGGCUUUAAAGAGAUAACCUUUAAAAGGAAAAUUCCCCCUUUUCAACCGCUUGCCAACAUUUCUUUAACAGCUUACUAUGCAAGAGUGAAUUUUGAAUAUUCACUGGUAAUCUUGUAGAACCAGAGGCUCCAUUACGAAUUCAGAAUUGACACCGUUCUCUCAAACUUAUCCCAUAGGCAAAAAGUCAAUGCUGCUAUAGACUGGACUUUUUUUUUUUUAAAUUCCCAUGACUGAAAGCCUUUUCUUAGAUUUCCAUAUAAAGAUUAUUUUUCUGAGGGGGGAGGGAAGUGUGUGUGUGUGUGUGUGUUGAUUUAUUUGAAAAGUAAUUUUAAGACAUAUAUUCUUUUCCCCAAAUACUAAAGUGUAAGUGAAAUGCCAGAAUUCCUAUUUUAAAAUUGUAAUAUGAAGUUGAACCUGUCAGUUUUUCAGCUACAAUGCUCUCAUAUUGCUUAAUUCAUUUUACGCAGGGAAGGUGGGGUGGAUAAAUUUCAUUUCCUAAUAGGCAAAAACUAUUUGGUUUUCCUAAACUGCAUUUCUAGAACCACUAGUCACGUUAGAGGUAUAUUUCCAUUUAUGUCUAUUGCACAUGUGUUUCCUUUUUAAAACAUAAAUUCACUCCUGCGGUAGCAGAAUAACUCCAAUUUUAAGAUGCUUUAUUUGCUUAUUUUCUUUCCCAAGAGCACUGUCCUUUCAAUAGUUUUUUCAUAGAUUAAUGUAUUUUUAGGGAAAAUUAAUUUUUUAUAGCCACUAAACUGUACUCAUUAUUUUUGUACACUUAUUACUAGGUUAUUUGGAACACAAAUCUUUUGAAAUGUCAUUUGGUUCCAUUUUUGAAUUUACUCACUGAUGUCGUGUUGCUAAAUAUUAUCAUGAGAAUCAAUGCAUUUGAAUAUGUAGUGGGG